AUGAAAUGCUUAUCGUACCAAAAAGUUCGUCUCCUUCUCCGACAAUGCGCGCACCGCUCGUAUCUCCGUCCCGGAAAGGAAUUACACGCCGUUCUAACCAUUUCGGGGUUGACGAAAGCUCCGAGGUCGUACCUGAGCAACUCGCUCUUUCAGUUUUAUGCGGCCUCCGGUGAUGUAGCGACUGCCCAGAAACUGUUCGACGAAAUUCCUCUGUCAGAGAAAGACAACGUGGAUUGGACCGCUUUGUUAUCAUCCUUCUCGCGGUGUGGAUUUCUGGUUAAUUCGAUGAAGCUCUUCGCGGAAAUGAGAAGGAAAAGAGUGGAGAUUGAUGAUGUUUCUCUAGUCUGCUUGUUUGGCGUGUGUGCCAAGCUAGAAGAUAUAGGGUUCGGUGUGCAAGGACAUGGGGUUGCUGUAAAGAUGGGACUUUUGACUAGUUUAAAGCCUUGUAAUGCGUUGAUGGAUAUGUAUGGGAAAUGUGGGUUGGUGGGCGAAGUCAAACGAAUAUUUGAGGCGUUAGAGGAGAAGAGCGUUGUUUCAUGGACUGUGGUUUUGGACACGGUUGUGAAAUGGGAAGGGUUAGAGAGAGGAAGAGAGGUUUUCAAUGAAAUGCCCGAGAGAAAUGCUGUUGCUUGGACGGUUAUGGUUGCUGGGUAUUUGGGAGCUGGGUUUACGGGUGAAGCAUUGGAGCUUCUAGCUGAGAUGGUGUUUGAAUGUGGGUAUGAUUUGAACUUCGUCACUCUCUGCUCGAUGCUAUCCGCUUGUGCGCAAUCGGGAAACCUGGUAAUGGGAAGAUGGGUUCAUGUGUAUGCGUUGAAGAAGGGAAUGAUAAUGGAGGAGGAGGAAGAGAGUUAUGAUCCUGUCAUGGUGGGAACGACAUUGGUUGAUAUGUAUGCGAAAUGCGGAAACAUAGAUUCUUCCAUGAAAGUCUUCAGAUUGAUGCGUAAGAGGAAUGUGGUAACGUGGAACGCCAUGUUUAGCGGAUUAGCAAUGCACGGGAAAGGUAGGAUGGUGAUUGACAUGUUCUCGGAGAUGGUAAGAGAGGUGAAGCCUGAUGACUUAACCUUCACUGCCGUCUUAAGCGCGUGUAGCCACUCAGGGAUGGUAGAAGAAGGGUGGCGAUGUUUCCACAGCCUCCGGUUGUAUGGUUUGGAACCUGAGGUUGACCAUUACGCAUGUAUGGUAGAUCUUUUGGGACGAGCUGGUCGUAUUGAAGAAGCAGAGAUGUUGAUGAGGGAAAUGCCAGUGGCUCCAAAUGAAGUUGUCCUUGGUUCGCUUCUAGGCUCGUGUAGCGUCCAUGGAAAGCUGGAGGUAGCGGAACGGAUUAAGAGAGAGCUUGUUCAGAUGAGUCCAGGAAACACCGAGUACAAUAUACUUCUCUCCAACAUGUAUGCGGCAGAAGGAAGGAGUGACGAUGUAGAUGGGUUAAGAGGAAGUAUGAGAAACAGAGGUAUCAGGAAGAUUCCUGGUUUGAGUUCCAUUCACUUGAACGGCUCAUUUCAUCGAUUUAGUUCAGGAGAUAGAUCGCAUCCGAGAGCGAAAGAGAUAUACUUGAAGUUGAAUGAAGUGAUUGACCAGAUUAGAUCAGCUGGUUAUGUCACUGAUGUCUCUGGUUUGGUUUCUUCCUUGGAGGGUGACUUGGAAGAUAAAGAGCAAGCUUUGUGCAGUCACAGUGAGAAACUGGCCGUUUGUUUCGGGCUUAUGGAAACAAAACCGAGGACACCGAUUCAUAUCUUCAAGAAUCUGAGGAUAUGUCGGGAUUGUCAUUCGGCUAUGAAGAUCGUUUCAAAGGUCUAUGACCGAGAAAUCAUCAUCAGAGAUAGAAAUAGAUUUCAUCAGUUCAAAGGAGGCUCUUGUUCUUGUUCCGAUUACUGGUGA